AUGUUGCGGUUAUCGUUUGUCCACCGCAAGUCCCGACAUCAAAAUGUGCUUCGGCGUGGUCGCCCGCACAUGCAAAAGUACCGUGAGCUCAACCGGUGGCAGCGGCAAGCACAAGGCAUAAGCAAGUGGGAUCAGAGCCAAUCGCACAGACCGUUGCCUUAUGUUGAGCGAUUUAAUCCGGAAGGUGUCGGUGUGACCCGUGGAACCUCUGCUUUUGCGUGGCAGUGGUGGCAUACGCAGCAGCCGUGGCUGCCAAAUGUUGCACCGCCCAACCAUACUGGGAGGAAAAUAACAAACACGUCAGGAACAACAGAGGAGACGGCGAAACCCCCAGCGUGGGAUGAGGAGUUCACAUCGGUUGUUUUGAGUAUGACGGAUUCAGAGAUACGAGAGUAUCUUCUCGAUAAACUCACGGAUGUUAUAUUUGCCGAGACACAACGGGAUGGAUAUGAACUGCGACGUUUGGACUUUGAGGGAAAUCCACUUACUGAAUUACCGGAGCGACGUAUAAUCGAAAGUUUUGUAUUUGAGGAAGAGACGCUAAGAGAACGUGUCAUUUAUCAAGUGGUAGAAGGGGUUUUCCGCCUCAGUCCAACAUCUGCCGACAGACGGGAACUACGCAGCGUGGAAACAAUCAUUGACUACGUGCUCACGCAUGUGUCGGCUGCACGGCCAGACUCACGGCCUCGUGUCACACCAGCUGCCCUGGCGGUGAUGCAGCAGUGUCCACUGCAGCCAGAACUUGGGUUUGUACACGCCUUACCAGUGGACUCGCGUGAUGAAAUUCUUCAGGAAUGGGAACGCAUGCAUCAUUUAGACUGGCAAUUUGGUAAGGCUGUUUACGUGCCACGCAGUCGCGAGGAGACACGGGGUAAUCUCACGUGGCUGCGAGAGGAGCGGCACAAUGCAGAGCGUGUGGAGUUCAUGAAGAGGGUGGCGAGUGGCGAGGCGAAGGCGGAACACAUGAGGCGCAUUGCCGAGGCCGCCUGUACGGAGCGUCCUGAAACGAUGCAUGGAUGA